AUUUACUUCCUGGAAAAACCAAGAUUUUAGUAUCUGAUGGUAAUAAUAAGCUUGUUCCAGUAAUUGUGGAUGAAAUAACGAAUGAAUGGCACGAUGAAUAUAUUAGCUUUUUUACUCGGGCAGGUUCAGUUAUCGCCGAAGGCGUAUUUUGUUCUUGCUACAGCGAUUGCCCGCCUUAUCAGUGGCUCAUGGACCUUGUUUUUUUACCAGUUCGCUGGUGGACACUUUUCAAACCAAGCACGCAUCGCGAAAAACACCUUCAUCCUUAUGUUCAGUUCUUGGAAAUUGCAUUUUUUUCUUUUAUCAAUUUAUUUGUGUAA